AAACGCGCUGUCCUAUUUAGUUUUGAGUUUCUCGCUACACAAGACGGGUCGUCAUAUACCUACAUCGUCUGUUCGUCACGGAUUUGUGAUUCCGCAUAUUGUGGUGGCAACCAGUUAGCUGAGGCCAAUUAAGUGAUACUUUGAAGCAUUUAGUCAUCCGAAUUCCUCAACCAACGCGUCGACAGGCUUUAAUUACGCCUAAUUCCAUUUCUUGUUGUCUUGAAUCAGUAUUUUUUAGGAAAUAAUGUCCUGGUCUUACACGCCCAAACCAACGGUGCUCCCAGCGGAGGGUUUCGAUGCGUCGGCCGAUGCCAAUGCCCUGAGGGCCGCCAUGAAAGGCUUCGGAACCGAUGAGCAGGCCAUCAUCGACAUUCUGUGUGCCCGUAGCAAUGGCCAGCGGAUGCAAAUUCUCGAUACGUACGCCAGCGAACUGGGACGGGACCUAAUCGAGGAUCUCAAGUCCGAGUUGGGUGGUAAGUUCGAGGAUGUUAUCGUAGCCUUGAUGAUGCCGCCGGAAAAGUACCUCUGCAAGCAACUGCACAAGGCCAUGGAUGGCUUGGGCACCAACGAAGCCGCCCUCAUAGAAAUUCUUGCACCACAAACGAACGAAGAGGUUAAAAAGAUCGUCGAUUGCUACGAAGAUAUGUACAACCGUCCGCUGGCCGAGCAUCUGUGCAGUGAAACGGACGGCAGCUUUCGGCGGCUUCUGACGAUGAUUAUCGUCGGGGCGCGCGAUCCGCAAGGAACGGUCGAUGCCGAUUUGGCGGUUGAGCAAGCCAAUCAGUUGUACAAUGCCGGUGAGGCCAAGUUUGGAACCGACGAGGAAGUCUUUUAUAAGAUUUUGGCCCACGCCAGCUUCGACCAGCUGGAAAUCGUUUUCGAUGAGUACAAAAAGCUGUCUGGUCGCACCGUCGAGCAGGCCAUGAAGGACGAGCUGAGUGGAGAGCUGUACGAUGCACUUAGUGCCAUUGUGGAGUGCGUCCAGAUGGCACCGCAUUACUUCGCUAAGCGUUUGCACAAGGCAAUGGACGGUGCCGGAACGGAUGAUGCGAGUAUGAUUCGCAUCAUUGUUACCCGUUCGGAGAUUGAUCUGCAGAACGUCAAGGAUGAGUACGAGCAGAUGUACAACAAGACGUUGCUAAGCGCCGUCCGGGGUGAAUGCUCGGGCGAUUACAAACACGCAUUGUGCGCACUACUCGGUGAAGCUUAAAUCAUCAUCACAAGCAGCAUUUUAAGCGAAAGUUUCCCCCACCAUGGUGUCGAAUAUUGAAUCAACAUUUUACUCGUCGUUUUAACAUAGAAUCGAGAUAUGUAUUAUGCAUGCAUUAUGUAUAUUCACCGUGACAAUGCAUUUUAAGUUGCACAAUAAAUGCAAUUGAAGCACAUAUGUAUGCAUGUUUAGGUUUAAUAAUUUUUAGUCUUCUCAGUUUGAGUUUCAAUAAUAGACCAAACAUUGCAAUUCCAUUACAAGAAAUCUCAAUAAAAUUUAAUAUAUGAAUUCCAAAGAGUGCAAUUAGCAAAACAUUUGAAGGCCUUAGCACAAACAGCAACGAACAAUGGAAAUAAAACAGAAAACAUAAAUUAUUUCAAUAUGAUAUUCACACGAAUCUCGUUGUUUUGAUGUUAAAUACAUUAUACAGCGCUGCUUGGUGCUUUCAAAGGA